UUUUUCAGAUUAACUCUAAGUAAUUCAUACUGUACAUUUCUGAAACUGAAGUACACACAGCUUUAAUUCUGUGCAGGGAGGAUGCAGCAGGACAGAAUAUCCUGGGCACAUCUUUCUGCAGAAUCACUUUUACUACAAGAUUUGUAAGAAACAAAUUUAUUUCCAAGGGUGGACAACAUGGAUGUCUUCACCUGCCAGGGUCAAGGACAAGGUCAGUGGGACUAUGCUCCCUUCAUCCAGUUAUGCCCCAGUUACACUGACCUGGUACCCUGGAUAACUGGUGUGAGUAAGCUGGUCCAAUGCUCCCGCCACCUCCAGUAAGCUCUGAUUCUAGAUUCACUCCCUGCUCCAACACUCACUGUGUGUGGAACCUUGGGCAUGCAGCCAGGCCUCCCUGAGACUGUUUUUCUCAACUUGAAAGUGUGAUGGGAACCACACCUACCUCACUGGGCCUCGUGAGGACUCAGUUAGUUAUAUGUAGCUGUCACCAUUGUUCUCAUCAUCUCUCAGGAAGAGCCAGGCACAAGCACUCUCAAAUUUCUUUUCUCCUUUGAAGCUCAUCAUUACCCUGUGAGGCUCAUCAUCCCUACAUUUUUUAGACAAGAAAACAGAGGCCCAAAGAGGGCAGUGACUUGCCCAGGGCCCUACAGAAGAAGCUGGCUCCGUCCCGCACCUGGAGGCCCUAUCCUAGCUGACUUUAACCCACAGCCCAGCACUAUCCCUGACUAGGGUCCCAUCUUGUUUCUCUAUGCUUGCUUAGGUCCUCAGGCAGGCUCAGCUUUGGUGGGAAAGAGACAGGGUGUUUUGGGAGGCCUGGGCGAGUGGCACCUCUAACCAAUCUGCUAGGCCCUCACCUCUCAGUCUCACUGAGCCACUCCAUUAAUUGGAAGCAGACCCAAAAUUACUUCACAGACUGAAGGUGAUAACUGUCUGCAGCCAGCUGGAGCAGCUGCAUCUCCUGGAGGAUUUUGAUCUCCUGCAACUAAAGGGAAAGAAAGGAUGCUGAGACAGGUCCUGCAGCAUACACAUAACUAUAAUUCAGAAAGUGAUACACAUACACACAGGUACUGGGAGAUCCAUAGGGAGGACGGCGGAACAUCCGGAGGCUGGGAAAUGGGAGUGUUGACAUUCAGGGAUGUGGCUGUAGAAUUCUCCCCAGAAGAGUGGGAAUGCCUGGACUCUGCUCAGCAGGAUUUGUAUAGGGAUGUGAUGUUAGAGAACUACGGAAAUCUGGUCUCCUUGGGUCUUGCUAUCUUUAUGCCAGACUUGAUGACCUGUCUGGAGCAAAGAAAAGAGCCCUGGAAAGUGAAGAGACAGAAGACAGUAGCCAAACACCCAGGUAGGUGGGAGUGAAUGAAGCAAAUGACACAAAUGACGGAUCCCAAUGUCAAGGAGGAAGCCAGACCUUUAAACAUGCUUCCAGAAGCUCUGCUCCAGUGGAAAUCAUUUCUGAGAAGCCUUCAUUUCUUUCUCUUGCUUUAAUAUAGGGAUAUUGUUUGUCCCAUUCUUGUGAAUUUUCCAAGCACAGUACUUCCCCUUCAGUAAUGUAUUUUGUUGUUGUUCUUGCUGUUUUUUUUUUUUCUUUAAGUUUACAGUGAUAAUGAAAGUUGUUUUCAUGGCUUAAAAGAAAAUGUGUGAUUUAACUGCUUUUCCAUUGCUUGGGAGAAACAGCAAUAUUUGUAUUUUUGAGAAACUAUAUUAAACCAUUUUUUAAGUUCUCUUUUCAGAUAAUGUCUAAAUAUUUAAGUUUUGGUGAUGUUGCAAUUUGGAUCAGAAAUCCCAGGAACACCACAAAAAGAUGUGUGCUUCCUGCUUUAUAAUUUUCUAUUCUAUGGAGCCUUCAAACGUGACUUUACAGAAAUUUAUACUCAGUAAUUAUAUCAAAACACUAAGCAUCUCCCUAAAUGAAACAAACUCUAAAAUUGUGUUACUUCAAAUGUUAUUCUUUUCAUAUAAACAAAUGUUCAUAAAUGUGGCCAAAUGCCUCAAUUGUAAUAUAGUUCAGUGUAUCUACUUCAUACAUUUAUUAAAUAUACUAUGUCACUGGAGAGAUUGAAACAUUGCUGAGUACAUAUUAAACUCUCAAUUUUAACUUUAUUUUAAAUGACAUCAUUUUGUGAUUUUAUUUAGUAUAAAGCUUACUGUGACUGUGUCAUUCAUAUGUGUAUAUAUAUAAACACGUGUAUAGAUGUAUGUGUAUGACACACAUAUACAAUCUCAGUAACAUUUUUUUCACAAAUAGUUGAAUACCUAUAUAUUGUAUACAGUGUAUUGAUUUUAUAUCUGUAUACAUAAUGAAAUGAUUAAUGCAAUCAAAUUAGUGAACAAACACAUUUAUGACCUUACCUUUUUUGUAGUGAGAACAAUUAAGAUCUCAGCAAAUUUUCAGCAUGCCUGACAGUAUUACUUUCUAUAGUCAUAAAGCUGUACCUUAGGCUACCAUAACUUAUUUGUCUUUUAACUGAACAUUUGUACCAUUUGAACAACAUAUCCCACUUUCCCCACCUCCACGGCCUAGCACUCACCUCUGUACUCUCUUCUUCUAGGAGUCCAACGUUAUUAUAUUCUCCAUAGAAGUGAGAUUAUACUUUCUGUUUCUUUCAUGUUUCACUUAGCAUAAUGUCAUCUAGGUCCAUCCAUGUUGUAGAAAUGGCAGGGUUUUAUUACUUUUUAUGGCUGAAUAAUAUUCUGUUUUGUAUAUAUACCAUGUUUUCUUUGUGCAGUCAGUUUCCACAAACACUUUAGAUUGCUUUUGUAUCUUGACAAUUGUGAAAAAUGCUUCAAUGAACAUGGAGGUGCAGGUAUUUCUUUGAGAUAGUAAAUUUAUUGUAUAUGCAGAUGUAAGAUAGCUAAAUUGUACAGUAGUAUUAUUAAAAAAAAUUUUUAAAGAA